AUGGGUGCUAUACCGGAGAAAUAUGGUGAUCCCAGUUCUUGUCUAGUUACUUGCACUAUAAGUGGUAUACAAUUUGUUGAUUGCUUGUGUGACCUAGGUGCUUGUGUUAGCAUUAUGCCAUUAUUUGUUUAUGAUGCAUUGAAGCUUCCACCGUUGAAAAGGUCGGCAGCCUGUUUUGUUCUGGGGGAUAAGAGUAUAAUCUCGGUGGUUAGCAUUGCGGAAGACGUCUUAGUGAGCAUCAAGGGGUUGACUUUUUCAAUUGAUUUCUACAUUCUUGAGAUGCCCCCUAAUGACUCCGGAAGACCAUCAUCUAUCUUACUUGGGAGGCCAUUCUUGAAAAUCUCCCAUUUUAAAUUGGAUGCUUUUUCGAGUACCUAUUCCUUUGAAAUUGAUAGAAGAGCAGUGAGUUUCAAUCUUGAUGAGGCUAUAAGGCAUCCACCAGAGGACCAUUCUAUCUUCCGGUGUGAUAUGAUUGAUGAUAUUGUGGCCGAAGUCCACCAUGAUAUAGUUGAUGAGAAGAACAUGGUUCAAUGUGCAAGUGUGGGGAAAUCUCCUGAAUAUACUGAAGACACCUUACCACUUCCGGUGACACCGGAUGAUCAAGUGCCAAGCCAUGAGCCAAAUAUGGAGUUGAAGCCACUUCCACCCCAUCUUAAGUAUACGUAUCUUGAAGAAAAUCAAAAUCUCCCGGAGAUCAUUGCAAAGGAGCUUACUUUCCAACAAGAGGAAAGAUUGCUUCAUGUACUGUGA